GGGAGCCUGCGGGGAGUCCUUCCGCGCGUCCCGGUGCUUUGUCACGGACGGAUCGUUCCACAGGACCGGGAGCUGCCUCAGCCGCUCCAAACGCUGCAGUCCGAGCUGCGGCUCAGCGCCAGCAGAGCCCAGGAACGCGAGUUCGCGGUACCGGCUCUUCGGGCUCCGAAGCCUCCGCACUCCCCCAGCUCACGGGCACGGAUUUCUGUGCUUCUUCCUGCCCUGCGCUGCUGGCUGCAUUUGAAGCUUUGGCCAGGUUGGGAUGAAUGUGUCAUUUUACCUGUGCGACGUUGUCACUCUCUGCAGUAAAAAAAGCAAAAAAAAAUAAUUCUGCGAUACAGAAGGAAAAAUGUGGAGACAGGGAAAAGGUUUAUGUGGGGACAUGAUCCAAAACCAUAUUAAAAAAUGGAAGCAAUGUGAAACUACAUAAGAAAAACAAAAAAUAAAAAUUUUGAAAUUGUAAUGUUAUUUGAAUAAAUGUACAUCAUGGACGACUCUGUUGGCUGGCUAUACGCCUUUGAAGUAAGUCUACAAUAAUUUGACUUUAGUAUGUCAUAGUUAUUAACACUUGAUUCUUCAGUUUAGCGUUUGUGGUUUCAUUUUGCAAGCACCAGAAUAAAUUGCCUUGUAUAACAGAAAGAGGCAUCUCCUUUCCAGGUAGGAGAAGGAUGCUGUGGCCAUUACAGUGCUGGCCGGUAUCUUGAAGCAACUGAAUUCUUUUUUUUUUCACUCUGCUACAGGCUUCCUCAGUGAAGUUGGGCAAGCUAAACCCUGAUCCUCUGAAGGUACCCAGUACCUACUAAGGAUCUCCUUUCGUCUCCAUUUGGAAUAUUUAAUAAGGAAUUACAGUAUUUCUUCAAGCAAAUUUUUGGGGCAAAAAUAUUAAGGAUUAUGAGUGGCUUGGAUAUUUGGCACUGAAUAGAGUGGGGGCUUGUCAGUUUUUCAAGAGUGUUGCCUUGAUUAAGUAGCAUACAUAAUUUAAAUGCGGGCUAUACUCAAGCUUAGCUCCUUAAUAAACUGAAUGAUCAUUUCUGAUAUCAUAUACAUAGGACUUCACCUUUUUAAAGUUAACCGCCAUGCAAAAAUUGCAUGUUAACAUGGAACUACGUCUUACAGCUGACUUUUUAUCAGCCACCAAGUACGAUUCCUACUGGGGGCUGGAAAGCUGCCUGUCAGAAAAGGACCUGGGGUGCUAUUUGACAGCUGGCUGAAUAUGAGCCAGCAGUGUGCCCACAUGGCCAAGGCCAAUGGUAUCCUGGCUUGUGUCAGCAGUAUCAGUCCGGGAGCAAGAGCAGGGAAGUGACUGUCCCUCUGUACUUGGCACCAGUCAGGUGAGGCCGCAUCUCAAGUACUGUGUUCAGUUUUGAGCCCCUAACAAGAAGAAAGACGUUGAGGCACUGGAGGGUGUCCAGAGAAGGGCAACAGAGCUGGUGAAGGGUCUGGAGCACAGGUAUUAUAAGGAGUAGCUGAAGGAGUUGGAUUUGUUUAGCCUGGAGAAGAGGAAGCUCGGGGAGGGCCUUCUCACUCUAAAACUACCUGGAAGGAGGUUAUAGCGAGGUGGGAGUUGGCCUCUUCCCCCAGCUAACAAGUGAUAGAAUGACAGUAAAUAGCCUCAAGUUGCACCAGGGGAGGUUUAGAUGGAUCUUAGGAAAGUUUUCUUCACUGAAAGGAUUGUCAAGCAUUGGAACAGGCUGUCCAGGGAAGUGGUAGAGUCAUCGUCCCUGGUAGCGUUAAAAAACAUGUAGAUGUGGUGCUUGGGGACAUGGUUUAGUGGUGGGCCUGGCCUUGUUGGGUUAAUGAUUGGACUCUGAUCUUUGAGGUCUUUUCAAACUUCAGUGAUUUUACUGUUGAAGACUUGCUUAUAGCUAAAGUAAAUUAGCUUGGAUACACUUCUUAGACAUCUCUCUCACUGCCUAAGCUUUCAGAGCAUCAGACAUAAAUAAGUCAGUUGGAGGACUUUUAGAGUGGCUACUGGAAUCUGUGAGGGAGUUUGCCUAAGUAAAGUGGCAACUAUUGGAGUUGCUUCCCCUCCUUUUUUUUUUUUUUUUUUUAACUGAAAUCCCUUACAGUAGUAUUUCCUCUCUCACUUGUGAAAUGUGAACUGCAAUUGCUUCUGCCUUGCUUUUUUUGUGAGCUAGUUCAGCUGCACAGAGCUGAGAUCUGACUAGCACAGCUCUGUGCCUUUAAAAUGAGACUGGUUUCUUUUCCUACAAACUGCCAGGGAUUAAUGAAUCCAUUCUUUUUUACUUUCUGCACUUGGUCAGUUAACUUACAAUUAAAUUGUUUGUUCAGAGGUGGCAAUAAAAUUUCUAAACCCAUAAAUUAAAAGGGAAACCUUGAGUUGACAUGUGUAGUCAUCAGUGGGGAGUUUGAAAUAGAUAUGCUGCUUGAAGGCACUUUAGAAGCAGGUUUUCCGAGAGCUGGAGUUCUGGGGGUUUGUGUGGGUGUUAAGUGACAGGAAUGCCUCGCAGUUGUAAUUAAGGAGAUUUAUGUUUAUCACUGGUUUAUGUAUUAUCUUACAUUGCUACUUUAUUCUUUUUAGGCUAAAUGGAUGUAUAUGACUUUUCCCCUGAUCUUAAAGCGGUUCCAUGUCUUGUUUGGACUGUUCCUGUAUUCUACGUACGCCCGUUGAAUCAAUCAGACCAGAAGAGCUAUCUCAGAGCAGCAUCCAUGAAUGCCUGGCUGAUUCUGAUCUAGCCUGGAUUCCCCCAUCUACAGGAAGGCAUGAAAUGGUAUUUUGCUCUUCUAAUGUCUCUCAUUAUGAACUCCAGCUGGAAAUAGGAAGGAGGUUCAACAAUUUAACUUCAGUCUACCUUGCACGGCAUACACCUACAGACAUGCAAGUUGCUGUAAGGAUCACAGACCUAGAAAAUUGCUCUGAAGAGCAUUUGAAAGCCUUACAGCAUCCCAACAUAAUGACGUUUUGGACAGUAUUUACAGCUGGUAGCUGGCUUUGGGUCAUCUCCCCAUUCAUGGCCUAUGGUUCAGCUGGACACCUGCUGAAGACUUACUUUCCUGAAGGAAUGAGUGAAGCUCUGAUAGGGAACAUUCUGUUUGGUGCAAUCAGAGGAUUAAAUUACAUGCACCAGAACGGAUAUAUUCACAGGAAUAUUAAAGCUAGCCACAUUCUGAUUUCAAAGGAUGGGCUGGUUUCUCUCUCUGGUCUAAACAACCUCUACAGUUUAGUUAACAAUGGGCAAAAGUCAAAGGUGGUGUAUGAUUUCCCCCAGUUUAGUACAUCCGUGCUUCCUUGGCUGAGUCCUGAACUACUGAGACAGGAUUUGUCUGGGUAUAAUAUGAAGUCUGACAUUUACAGUGUGGGAAUUACAGCCUGUGAAUUAGCCAAUGGACACGUUCCAUUUCAGGAUAUGCCUCGCACUCAGAUGCUGCUGCAAAAGCUGAAAGGUCCCACAUACUAUCCUUGGGAUAUAAAUACCUUUCCCCGGGGGGAAUCCAGGAUGAAGAAUUCCCGAUCGGGGGUUGAUUCUGGAAUUGGUGAGAGCAUGACACACACAAUGACCAGUGAAAGACUACAAAUUCCCUUUUCCAAAACAUUUUCACCUGCUUUCCACAACUUGGUAGAACUUUGCUUGCAACAGGACCCUGAGAAAAGGCCUUCAGCAAGCAGUUUGCUUUCGCAUACGUUCUUCAAACAGAUAAAAGAACAAACACAGAAUUCACUACUGUCUCUAUUGCCACCUCCUAUUCAAAAUAACAGAUCAGAGUUCUUGACACUGCCCUCAACAGCAGUUGGGACUGGACUUGGACAUAUUACUGCAAAUCAAGAUGAUACAGACUGGGAAUUCUAAAUAAAUACCAAACAAUCAUACCUCUCCUGUGCUUCAGAGAAGGAAAAUGUGAUUUGUAUUUGCUGCUUUAGUUUGUAUGGUUAAAAUAGACAAGGUAUACUUGAACAUGCCCUGAAGUGGCCAAAUGUCAUUAACUCCCUCUGUGGGCAUCAUGAAGUGCAGCGUGCCUCACUCUCUGGCUGUAAGGAGAACUGCAUAGACAGAGAAUGGCUGAAUGCUUUCAAACCUCCCUCUUUCAAAGUAUUUCUCAACAAGAGAGUUCCUGCUGUAAUCUUACUCUGUACUGUAUUUUCAGCUCAUCUUGCUGCAGUCCACUUGCCUUUCUGAAUCCAGGCUUGGGUAUUGUCUGUGAUCUUACUUAAACCAUCUAUUUGUCUUUCCAUUAUGACUCAAAUCAUUUAGCGAGCAGAAAUCCUCCACUUCCAAGCUGAAAUUUGAGACUGUACAAAUUAGUUGAUUAUGUGAAUAAAUGUUUGUCUCCUAAAAGACAUUUUUUCUGACUUGACAUGCUGUCAUAGUUGCCAGAAGUUAGCUAUGCAUCAUUUUUUAUGCAGUUUUAAUACCGCAUGUUUCCCAAAGAAGUUAAGCUGCUUGGAAGUGUGACUCAUGUUCUUGCAUUUGUCUAUAUUCUUAGUACAAAUCUGUGCUUUUGCAUCUCCAUUUAUUGUUGUGUCAUUUUAGCAGUUAAUCUGAGGACUUCUUACUAUGCAAAGUCAGUCUCAAGUUAUAUCAGGUACGGGUUAAUUUUGAAGAAUCAAAUAAAGUUACUGUACAUAUUUUUAUUUAUACUGUAUUCCUGUUCAGCACCAGAAUUUACCAGAACUUAACACUGUUGUCUUAGAAGAACAGGCAACAUGCAUUAAGCUUCACUGGCACUGCUGCUGGCAAACAAGCCUCUUCUACAAGGCACAGUUAAAUUCCCUUGGACAGAUUCAGCCAUAAUAAGCACCUAAUAUCCCCAAGGAUCCUAAUGAUUUAUCUGUUCUAAGUCAGAUGAAAAGCUGUCUUUUUUUUCCUACAAUUCAGUAACUUCUAAUCUCUCACACUGUACCAGGCAACUCAAACUGAACAAAAGCAGGUUUCUUUUUUUUAAAAAAGCUGCAUGUUCUCAUUAUGUUGUAGCAAAGGUUGUGUCCCAAAGCCACCGGUAUUUUACUGACGGAAGUUAUGACUGUAGUAAAAAAGCAUAAAUAGAUAUCGAAUGGAUAUAUUUUAGAUUUUCAGCAUAAACAACAUUCCACAUUAAGUCUCCAAGCCUUCCAUAGGUGAGUUGGUCUGUACCACUGUUUUGCCACCAGCUUUGCCUCAAGGCCUUGAAGGCCAAAUGACCAAUAUGCAAAUGUGAGAGACAUAACAUUCUAAUUGACUACAUAAAAGUAAUAACAAACAUAAAAGUAAUAACAAAUAACUUGAGUCUACUCAUUAUGCUGUGAAGAGAGCUCUAUAUUUCUAAAACUAACACAUGAAACUUAAGAUUAAAAACCUGUCAAUAAACUUACCUUAUCUGCCUCCA